AUGAGCAUGAUCGCCCAACCCGUGUUCAGUAAAAGUCCUCGAACUUCGGUGACUUCAGUCAACUCAAUCAAGCUAUACUCGAACUCGAACUCUAGCUCUUCUGCAGCUGAAGGGCUCGGCAACUCAGCGUCCAAAUAUACUUACACUUCGUACAGUGACUACACAGCUUCGCUUAAGAGAGACAAAGCUCAACCCAGUCAAAGCAUGACCGAUGCCGUUCGCCAGUCAAACAAGGCAGCCAUCUUGGCUGUUGGAGAGGAGCUACGCAUUUUGCUGCACGAAGAAGACCCACCAAUGAUAAAGGACCGACGAUUCCACCUGCGCUCCUACCCGCAGUCUUUUGUUGGCUCAGAAAUGGUGGAUUGGUUGCUCAAGAAGGGGGAAGUGGAGACCAGGGCAGAGGCUGUCCAGAUGAUGCAGAAACUGGUGGACUAUGGAGUAAUGCAUCAUGUGUGUGAUGACCAUUUGUACAAAGAUGAUUUCCUGUUCUAUCGAUUUCGAAGAGAUGAUGGCUCUUACAAGGAGGCUGCAGACACUGCUAUUCUCGCCAAGGGGCAACGUCUGUACAGCAGGCUACAGAGUGAUGGCAGCAAUUUGAUCCAAGAUCGCAAGUAUCACCUCAAAUCGUACAAGCGGUGUUUUGUAGCAAAAGAUUUUGUGGACUGGCUCGUUGGUAGGGGCGAAGCUACUAAUAGGCUGGAUGCUGUGGACCUGGGCAAGCAGCUUGUCGAUGCAGAGGUCAUCAGUCAUGUUGUUGGAGACCACCACUUCAAGGAUGAGUUCCUAUUCUUUCGCUUCAAGCACGAUGAGAAGAACAAGAAGUUUCGCGAGCGUCUCCGCUCUCGCACUGCGUCCAACUCCUUCACAGCGUCCAAGAGGUCAACAAGGUCAGAAGAUGACACUGGAAGUGGUGGGAGCAGUGUGGGUAACCGUGGGUCUGGAAGCAGUUGGGGGUCACGGGGGGAAUCCCCUCAGAGCGCCACACCAGAACUUGAUGAGUACGUGCAGAUGCAAAGUCAUCAGUUGGGCCUUAAGCAGCCCAGUCCUAGUUCUUCUCGCUUCACUCCCUCUCCACAGCCUCCCAACUCUACACCUCCACCUCCUUCGGCAAAUGUACGCUCUAAUGGGGUGGCCCCUGCUGCGACCUCCACUCAGGCUGCCAGACCAGCUGCCGAAGAUCUGGCUAAUUUGGACAAGUACAGCAGGAGAAAAGUGGAUGUUGUCAGUGAUCCUGUUGGCUAUGGAUUCGUAAUCCGAGGCUCUCGACCAGUUUAUGUUCACAGUGUGGAUCCUAAUGGACCUGCAGCUGCUGCUGGUCUUAAGGAGGGAGAAUAUCUGUUCUCUGUAAAUGAUCAGUCUGUGCUUCAAGCCUCACACACUGACGCUGCUCGUAUCAUUCUCAUGGGCUCCAGCACGGCAUUCCUCGUUACUCUAGUACCCAAAGACAUUCAAUAGUCAAUUUAUUAUUAGUUUUGUGUUUAUGUAUGUGUCGCGAUUCCAUUUUUGUACACAUGUAUCAUUUUUUUUCGUUGUGUGACGUUAUGUUAUUGUAUGACGUAUAAUAAUGAACAACA